GAUUCUCAAGUGCACAUGCAGGCGAAGAGCAGAAGAAGGCCGACCGACAGCGAAGAAGGCGGAGGGCGAGGCAGGCUGUGGCAGGCGACGAGGGUGGAGGGGACGAUUAGGCCAAGAAGCAAUGGCUGAGCGACGAGCAGGCGCAGUUCCUGUAGAUGAGCUCCAGGAAGGAGCAUAAGCUGGAGACGCCGCGCAAGGUGCAGCUCGCCACGGAGCUGGGACUGGACACCAAGCAGGUCGCCGUGUGGUUCCAGAACCGCCGCGCCCACUACAAGAGCAAGCUCAUCGAGGAGGAGUUCUCCAAGCUCCGGGCCGCCCACGACGCCGUCGUCGUCCGCAACUGCCACCUCGAGGCCGAGGUAUACAGUGCAACCUCUGAAAAAGUUCAGCUCUUUCCUCUUCACUUCACUUAACCUCCUCCUGUUCAGCUCUGCAG